GGCGGGACGCUCGGGAGAGCGGACGGGGCGGGGACAUGGCCUCGGCUCCCGGAGGGUCUGCGCCGCCCGCCGGCCCCGGCCCGCGCUUGGCUUUCAGCACCGCGGACAGCGGCGUCGGCAUGAGCGGGCUGAACCCAGGUCCCGCGGUGCCCAUGAAGGACCACGACGCCAUCAAGCUCUUCGUGGGGCAGAUCCCGCGGGGCUUGGACGAGCAGGACCUCAAGCCGCUGUUCGAGGAGUUCGGCCGCAUCUACGAGCUGACGGUGCUGAAGGACCGGCUCACCGGCCUCCACAAAGGCUGUGCCUUCCUCACCUACUGCGCCCGGGACUCUGCUCUCAAGGCCCAGAGUGCACUGCACGAGCAGAAGACCCUACCAGGGAUGAAUCGUCCGAUCCAAGUGAAGCCGGCUGCCAGUGAGGGCCGAGGAGAGGACCGGAAGCUGUUUGUGGGGAUGUUGGGCAAGCAGCAGGGUGAGGAGGAUGUCAGACGUCUGUUCCAGCCCUUCGGCCAUAUCGAGGAGUGCACUGUCCUGCGGAGUCCUGACGGUACCAGUAAAGGCUGUGCCUUUGUGAAAUUCGGGAGUCAAGGAGAAGCUCAAGCUGCCAUCCAGGGACUACACGGUAGCCGGACAAUGACGGGCGCCUCAUCCAGCCUGGUGGUGAAGCUGGCAGACACCGACCGGGAGCGCGCGCUGCGAAGGAUGCAGCAAAUGGCUGGCCAGCUGGGUGCCUUCCACCCGGCACCGCUGCCCCUCGGGACCUGUGGCGCCUAUACCACUGCGAUCCUGCAGCACCAGGCAGCGUUGCUGGCGGCAGCGCAGGGUCCCGGGUUAGGCCAGGUGGCCGCGGUGGCCGCCCAGAUGCAGCACGUGGCGGCCUUCAGCUUGGUGGCUGCGCCUCUGUUGCCUGCGGCAGCCAAUGCAUCGCCUGGUGGCAAUGGCCCUGGUGCACUCCCUGGCCUUCCGGCGCCCUUAGGGGUCAAUGGAUUCGGCUCCUUGAACCCCCAGACCAAUGGACAGCCAGGCUCCGACACGCUCUAUAACAACGGGCUUUCCCCUUACCCAGCAGCCUAUCCCUCGGCCUAUGCCCCAGUGAGCACAACUUUCCCCCAGCAGCCUUCCGCUCUGCCUCAGCAACAAAGAGAAGGCCCCGAAGGCUGCAACCUCUUCAUUUAUCACCUGCCUCAGGAGUUUGGGGAUGCAGAACUCAUUCAGACAUUCCUGCCCUUCGGAGCUGUUGUCUCUGCCAAAGUCUUUGUGGAUCGUGCCACCAAUCAGAGCAAGUGCUUUGGGUUCGUUAGUUUUGACAAUCCAACCAGUGCCCAGACUGCCAUCCAGGCCAUGAAUGGCUUUCAAAUCGGCAUGAAGAGGCUCAAGGUCCAGCUAAAGAGGCCUAAGGAUGCCAACAGGCCUUACUAAUCUGAGCUCGCUGACCAGUCACAGACAGAAACUGAAGAAUGAAGAAAGGAAACGGAAAAGCACAGAAAUGCUGGAGCGGCCCUUCCGGAAGGAGUGGCGGCAGACGGCUGUGGAUCGGACCCAGGGCUGGCGCCUGGGGCUCAGGCCACUCAUCUCGUGGGUUGUUCCAUGGAGUGCUCAGGCUGGCAAGGCAACCAGUGCUGGCUGAGGAUCGACUGACCUAAGGGAAGCAGCAGAGGGCCUCGGGGGUGCCAAGGGCUUCUCAGCAAGGGAAGCCCAGACUUACUUCAUUCAAAAUCAUAUCAUUCCUUAGUGUUUAGGGACCAAAGGACUAUUGCUUUUUUUUUAAGAAUAUAUAUAUAUCUAUAUAAAUUAAAACAAAGAAAAAAACAGGAGACAAAAAAAAAAAAGAAGACAGUAUAGAGUCUCAUAAAAUAAAAGCUGCCUUUAAAUAUCCCCAGGAGACAGGGUGAAGGAGACCCUUGAUAGCCCCAGCCUAGGCAGAGGAGGCUGUGGAAAGAUUGUCCUGUGUCUCAUUCCUUCUUAAACUCCUCCCUUACCCCCCCUUUAAGAAUAUGAUAAAGGAUGUGAAGUCUAGGCUCAUAUUCAAGCAACAAGAGGGUUAUGGAAGCAGUGAACCCACAGUUCCAAAACGCAGAGAGUAUCCCUGAACGGGCCUCAGGAAGAGCUCAGGCCUGCUUUGGUCUUUGCUACCCUAGGAGGCCCCCAGCCAUCAGAAAUGGGAACCUGCCUUUCCUUCCUGACCCCUUUUCCUGUGGAGUCACAGCCUCCCCAGGUAGGAAGAGAGAGAGAGAGAGAGAGAGAGAGAGAGAGAGAGAGAGAGAGAGAGAGAGAGAGAGACAUUUCCUUCCCAGUCCAGGUAGACCAAGGCCUUGCCUUUGGCUGAGCUGAGACACCUCCUGUUUCCCCUCCCCUCAAAACUACCCAGUGUCCCCUUGCUCCAGGCCACCUUCUGUCUCUUAGUCUAAGUUUGCCCACUUGUAAAGUAGACUCAAGAUCUAUGUAGAGGGCUGUGAUAACAGAUGUGAAAGGCUUGCUGCUGUAAAUACUGCCACUGAGAAGGGGAUCCUUUUCACUAUGUAGAAGCUUCAGAAUUAGAGGUCCCUCUUUACCCAGGACCUGGGAGGGAAGUAGAUGUUUUGCCAAAAUACUAAUUCAUUCCUUUAAAAAGUACAUCUUUCCUAUGCAAGUGUGUCUCACAUGUGCUUACCCAAGGUGCUUUUAGAUGGUGAGCAGUGUUCAGUUUAGAAGUGGUGUGUGCUCUGUCUGUCUGUCCUUGUCCGUCUGUUGUGUACAGUGGGUUCCAUAUAAAACUGAUCAACGGUGGUG